AUGCGAGUCCCAAAGCUUUGUGGAGCAUUCUUAGAUCAAGAUAUGUUGGAUGUCGAAAAGUGUCAGCUGCACUUACCUGACCAGAAAAUCCGACGUACAUACCACGCACAAGAUCGGCCAAUGGCUGCCGAGAAACUGCUGCCAGAUUUACGAGGGCUACUGGUGUUGACAGGAUCUCAAGAGCAAAGAAACGGCAAAAACACACGAAAUCACAGCAAAUGCAAUUUCCUCAAGAAACCUGGACGUGUCAGCAGAGGCAAGCUGUACUGA